GAGACCAACCAGCCUCCAAAGAAAAGAUACCUCGCCUCACCGCUCAAAAUGCCAUCUGCUGUAUCCGAGUUGUACCAAUACACCCACGUCCCAGAGACGGAGGAGAACCUCGAUUGGGCUGACCUUCCCACCAUUGACCUUGCGAAGUAUGGAACACCAGACGGAAACAAGGAGCUUGCCGAGACUUUGAUCGAGGCCAUUCGUACCAAGGGCUUCUUCUAUGUCAUCAACUACGGCAUCUCACAAGAGGCGGUCGACGCACAGUUUGCCCUUGGCCAGAAAUUUUACGAACUGCCAUUGGACGACAAACUCAAGUAUGAGCCGGAUUUGGACUCUGGAGACUACAAUGGAUACCGUCCCGCUGGUCGGCGGUUUUUGAGCGGUGGCCUCAAGGAUAAGACAGAGGUUUGGAACAUGGCGACUCGCGCUGGACACAUUACACAACCUCUGCCUAAGCUUUUGGAAGAUCGCAAGGAAGAGAUUGAAGGAUUUGCAAAGAACCUCCAUGAUAGGGUGCUGGACCCCCUGAACCACCUCAUCGCUCUGGCUCUGGAGCUGCCCGAGGAUUUCUUCACACGCGUACAUAAGUGGGAGACCCAUGAUGAGUCGCAUCUGCGCUAUAUGAAGUAUUCCAAAUUCACUCCGGAAGAGAUCAAGCAGCUCGACGAUGGCUUGUGGUCCCGCGGCCACACGGAUCUGGGAACGAUUACUCUGCUUUUCCGUCAACCCGUGGCCGCUUUGCAAAUCAGGGAUCAUGAGACCGGCGACUGGAAGUGGGCCAAGCCGCUUGAUGGCAGUCUUACCGUCAAUACGUGCGAUGCCCUCAGCUUCCUGACGGGUGGUUACGUCAAGUCUACGGUUCACCGGGUAUCUGUGCCGCCUAAGGACCAGCGCCAUGUCGAUCGCCUGGGUUUGUUGUACUUUGCGCGUCCUCAGAACGACCUCGUACUGAAGACGAUUGACUCGCCGGUGCUGAAGCGCGAAGGCUUCACUCAGAAUGAGUUCGAGGCUGGCGGCCAUCCGGUGCCGACUAUGGGAGAGUUUACUACCCUCAAGCAGACUUGGCAACAAAGGAAGGGUGUCAGCUACCAGAACUCAGAAGGACAGGAGAUCCUCCCGGGAUUCAAGGGUCAAUACUUCAAGUGAGACAGACGGGCUUUCCUAGCCGCCACAUUUCUUGGAAACACAAGUCUUGAACAAAUGUGUCUGAAUAGAAAGAGAAUUCACGAUCGUGGCGGUCACAAAACGGGCGCGUUAUGUAUUGUGAUGGUCAAUACGAAGGAAUUUGUUUGGUAAAUCGUCACCCACUUAACCAAGUACUACACAGACUGGUCAAAGAAUACUUUGAAUAAAUCCACCUAGUUAUCUAGACGCAACAUCAGCUGCGAU